AUGACACUGAUGGCUGGCGUCCAAUGCGUUGUUGACAUCAGCCACGAGUCGGCCGACACCACAGCCACCGCACCCAUUGGCGGGUCCGCCACCACCUCAUCCACGCCCUCCACAUCCACCUCCUCUUCCUCCUCGUCGUCGUCUUCGCCAUUGGGUGUCACGUGUCUCAAGACCGGCACCACUGCCUCCGCAGCCAUCAACGGCGCUGUCGACGACUGGCCUGAUAUCGACGGCUACGGCGGCGACAAAGACGUGAUGACUGCCGCCACGUGUGUCGGCGGCAACGGUUCCGCCAUCAGUGGCAGCGGCACCGCCGCCGAUAUCAUCGACGACGACCUACUCCUACAGCCGUUUACCGGCGCCGAAGACAACAACAACCACUCACUGCCGACGCUCGACGACGACGACGACUGUCUGUCGUGGCCGGCGGUGAUAGCACUGCCCGGACCCGUGUCCGCCACCACCACCAGCACCAGUGGUCAACAGCACCAGAACACUGUGGGCGUAGGUCUGGCCAAUCUGGGCAACACAUGCUAUCAGAACUGUGUGUUUCAGUGUUUGCUAAACAACCGGCACUUUGUCCAGCAUUUGACGCCCAGCAUACGCGAGUCGAUGUCGCGCCGGCACAAGGCGUUGGCCGACGGCCGCCAACACGACGCCCAAGAGUUUUUGGCGCUACUGUUGGACGCACUGCACGAACAGCUGCUCACCCGUAACGGCCACCACUGCGACGACGACGACUACACCGCCGAUGGUAUCAACAACAGCGGCGGCGAUCAUCUCAACAGUAUCUCUAACCACAAUCACAACCUCAACCACAACAGUAGUAAUAGUGAUAAUCACCGCAACAGUAAUCACGUGACAGUGAAUGUAAACAAAAGACUUAAAGUGAGUGACAAGUGUUGUACGGGUGAUGACGAGCCGUCAUCGGCGGUCACUAUCAACGACACGACGGCCAUCGGUGGCGACAAGUCGUGCGUUCAGGACGUGUUUCAGGGCCAGCUCUGUAGCCGUAUUGUGUGCGACGUCUGCCACCGGAUCAGCCAGACGUACGAGGCGUUCAUGUACUUAGCCCUCCCGUUGCCGAUCGUACGCCACCGUCAACUGGUGGUCGCCUACACUCCGCUCGCGGGCCCCACCACUCGCCUACUGAUCACCGUUGAGAACAAAUACGAUUCGGUGGUACAGAUCAAGCAUCGGGUGCGCGAACAGCUGGCGCUCAACGCUGUGACCGACUCGGAGCUCGUGGUGGCCGAGACUCACGACGGGGGCACUCAUGUCGCCCGUCUGGUCGACGACUCGGAGGACGUGCUGUCGCUGAACACCGGCGGCGGCGCUGCGGCCGAUAUCCUGCCCACAGCGGCGCCGACAGACGUAACGCUAUUCCAACUCAACGAAGCGCUGGAAACGGUGGCCGACGGUAUCGACACCAGCGCUCAGUGCGUUAUCUGCCUCGAAGACAAGCCGAUUCGGUCGCUGCUGUCGCACACCAAGUGUCCGGGCGUUGUGUGCGAGCCCUGUCUGGACACCGCUAUGAAACACUACGCCAACGACUGUCCGCUCACGACAUUCACGUGCUUUUCGUGCGCCCGAGACGUCACCAAAUGCCAGUUCGCCGAAAGCCGUCCGCUGGCCAACCGAAACUUCUGCGUACCGCUGGUGUUCCGGGCGGACGGGCGGCUCGUAUACGGCGUACGACUCUUACGGGUAUCGCAACAAAUGGACGCCAACACACUGUACGCUCUCGUCGACUCACGGGUGCCGAACCCGGAGUACACCUAUCGGCUGGUGUUUACCGAACGCAACGGAAUCGGCUGUUGCCGAUGCACGUGGGGCUCGACCUGCGACGGUUGCGAAGUGUCGCGCGACGGCCACGUCGUGCUCUCCGAAGCGGACACACUGUGCGUGACGUUCGAGUCGCUGCUGUCACCACUGCCGCCGCUGAUGAUCACGGCUUCCACAUCGCCCACGCCUUCUGUGACCGACUGGCCGGCGGACCCUUUGCCACAGCCCUCAACGACGCUGAUUGCGGCGCCCGAAGUGGUGGAACACGAAUCGCUGGCCACCGCCUCCCUCGACGAGCCGCGACCGUUGAAUCUCGAGACCUGUCUGGAGGCGUUCAUCGCCAACGAGUGUCUCAACGACGGCGACGGCGAUAACCUCUGGUUCUGCGGCGACUGUCAAGUGCUGCGCGCGGCCACCAAAUCGCUGCACAUCAUGUCGUCGCCCAAAACGCUGAUUGUCUACUUGAAACGGUUCCUCUUCGUGGCCAACACGUGUCACAAACUGUCCGAAUCGGUUCACUACCCGAUCGAUACGCCGCUCGACAUGACACCGAUGGUGGCCAACGCCACGCGUCCGCUGCUGUACCGGCUGUCAGCCCUCGUGUGCCACUCGGGCACAGCACAGACCGGACACUACACCGCGUACGUGAAGGACCAACGGCUCGACCAAUGGCUCUACUAUAACGACGAUGUGGUCACUCGCGAGUCGCCUAAGGAUACCGAUUGUCGGGCGUAUAUACUGUUCUAUAGCCGUUGCGACGAACCCGCUGUGGCUGUGGAGACAAUGGCAGCCACGGCUACGGCGGCGGCCAAACAUACCGCCGACCAGAUCAUCGACCCGUUGGCCGCAACCGAUUCAUAGACCCAUUUAUAUAUAUAAUACUGUAUUUUUUUGCUGUAUUUGUCUGUAUCUCUCAAUUCUCUCUCCCAUCGUUUGCAUCCGCGAUAUCUCUAUUCUUAUUACUAUAUUAUAUAGUAUUUUAACGGAAAGUAAUUACAAAUUGACUAUUAUUAUUAUUAAUACGAGUUUAAAGUUGAUAAUAAACAUUAAAACGACCAUUUGAAAUCAUUUUUUGAAACCAA